AAGACGGCAGAGAAGCUACUCGAGUUCCUUGCAGGUUGUUUCCAUACGACAAGCGGCCAGACUGGCCGAUCAUCGGAGCUUUUCAGCCUCACAUACCAGAACAGCGCCUUCGGCGAACGCGGUUUAUAUAUCCAUAACGGCUCAGUUAUGACACUCACGCGGCAUCAUAAAGCAAAGCGUUCAACGAAUCGCGAAUUCAACGUUGCACGCUUCCUUCCUCUUCGAGUCGGCCGGGUUCUCUUUCGAUAUCUUGUAUACAUCCGUCCAUUCCUUACAACACUAAGUGAGGAGCCCGUUUUCAGCCAGAGAGUGUCAUCGGAUCAGAUCAUCUCACCGGCUCUACUCUUCAGCUCGGGAGUAGAUAGAUCAAAGCCCUGGGACGCGUCGAAGCUAGCAGCUAUCUUGAAGAAAGCGACAUCGGCGUGCUGGGAUAUUUCUGUUAAUCCGCAGAUGUACCGGCAAAUUACUAUUGGUAUUACCGAGAAGCACGUUGUAAAGAUUGCUACGCCAUUUAACCGGUACGACGACCUUGGCCCUAACGCGAAUAUCAAUGCUAUCUUUGCCUGGCAGAGUAGCCAUCGCCCUCUUCAGCGCGCGACUACAUACGGACUUGAUGGGGCUUUUCCAACGCAGCUCCAGCCAUCUCUUAUACGUAUCUACGAGUGGGCGUCAUUUCGCUGGCAUGAGUUCUUACAUCAACCGAGUCGACGCAUGCCUCCGAACACCCGCUCGUCACACGAGGAUACCGCGACCGACGUAGAUGUUAGCCCAUACCUAUCGGCCAAUCUCAUCAGAUUCCUUCUCACCUUUCCUGGCUGUUGA